AUCCCAUAUGAAGGGGUGGGAGGACACAACGGUGCGGGAAGUCCGCUCCUAUGUCGGCUUACGAUUCCUGAUGGGCCUUCAGUCGAAGAGGGACCAGAGGGAAUGGUGGUCGACGGACCCGUUGAUGUCCUCGUCGGUGUUCGCCAAGACGAUGACCAGGGACCGCUACGAUGCCCUGACCUCCGCGCUCCACUUCGCUGACAACGAAGGGGAGCAUCCCGCGGAGGACAGGCUUUGGAAGCUGCGCCCUGUGUUAGACGUCUUGGAAUCGACGUAUCGAUCCGCCUUCGUCCCGAACAAGAACGUGACCGUCGACGAGAGCUUGUGGGCCUUCAAGGGGCGUCACCACGCCCUCCAGUACAAUCCGAGCAAGAGGGCUCGGAGAGGGCUGAAGGUCUACAAGCUUUGCUCGUCCGACGGUCCAGAGGCAGGGUAUACGGCGGCCUUCAAGAUCUACAUGGGGCAGGACCGCGGCGUAUUUCCAUCCAGCAUGAAGGCCGUCACUGACCUGCUGGAGAAGGCAGAUCUGUUCGACAAGGGGUACCAGUUAUACACCGACAACUGGUACACCUACCCGACUCUCUUCCAUUACCUGCAGGCCAGGAAGACCAGUGCAGUUGGGACUGUGCGUCUCAACCGGCGUGGCAUGCCCUCGGACCUGCAGGCGAGUCGGGGACAAAUCGACUUCCGGUCCAGCAAGACCGGAAUGAUCUGCCUUCAGUGGUGGACAAGCGUCCUGUUACGAUGCUUUCUACCGCCCACACCAGCAAGGUCGUUACCCUGCCUCCCAACCGCCGAGGGGUGGAGAGGUCGAAGCCUGAAGUUGUCGCUGCCUACAACAACGGCAUGAAGGGUGUCGACCUCUCGGAUCAGCUGGCGCAGUCAUAUCCAACGACGAGGAAGACCGUCAAGUGGUAUAAGAAGAUUUUCUUUUACCUGUUGGAUAUGACUACGACCAACGCGCUGGCUAUCCACCGGGCCCUCGGCGGUAAACUUACUCAGUUUGAGUUCCGAAAGGAACUCGUUCGAGGAUUGCUGCAGCAAGGCGGUCCCCGUGGCUCCUUCCGGCGGAAUCCUCCUCAGGCUCGCCACGAGGAGGAGGUUCCCCAGCAGGCACACUUGCCAGUUGACACACCGCAUCGUCGGUGGCGUCGGUGUGUGCUCUGCUGGAGGAACCACCGGCGCAGGAAGGAGACCAGGGUGAUGUGCAGUUGCUGCGGCACCUCACUUUGUCCAGCACCGUGCUUUCAGGCCUUCCAUGCCUGAAGGUCGUUGGGCAAGUUGUAAAUAGUCUAAAAUAUUUUAUAUAUACAUAGUUUCUAUGUAUUUAUUUAUUGAAAAAGAAAAAACACCGUGCUUUCAGGCAGUUCAUGCCUGAAGAUAAUUUGAAAAGAAAAAACACCGUGCUUUCAGGCAUUUCAUGCCUGAAGCUUGGAUAAAGGAAUAUUGUACAUAGUUUCUAUGUAUUUAUCAUUGAAAAUGGAAAACACCGUGCUUUCAGGCAUUUCAUGGCUGAAGAUAAUUUGAAAAUGACAAACUUUGAUAUUAUUUAUGUAAGUAA